AUGGAAAUUGAAGCCCUGGAUGUGAUUAUUGAGCUGCAGACUGAUCGUCAAGCGCUGUCCACGACUGUGGGCAACUCUUACAUGCUGAAGCUGGCAAAACUGGGGAUCUCAGAGGUGAGGGAUGCUGUGUUCCUGCACCGCUACAGCGAGCCUGUGCUGCUGGUGCUGCAUGAGACCAAGCCGUCCUGGGGUGGGCAGCUGCGCAACAGCAAGGACACCAUGGAAGUCACUGCGUUCUCCUUGAAUGUGGCCCACAAGCGGCACACGAGGCUUUGGUCCAUAGGCAAUCUGCCCAGCGAUGCCUUCAAGCUCAUAGAAGUUCCAGGCGGGGGCGGGCUGGUCAUAUGCCAGAACCUGCUGAUAUAUGUGUCACAGGAAGCUGCUGCGGCGGCAGCAAGCGGCGCACCAAGGGCGGAAGGUUUUGAGCUUGACUUGACAGACUGCUCUGGGGCGUGGCUGGCAGACAACAGUCUGCUUCUUGGGCUUGCUUCUGGCCAGCUCAUUCUUGUGAAUGUGCAGCUCGAGGGUAGCAAACGCCUGAAAGUCUCAAAGGCACAGGGUGCGCCUCCACCGUCCUGCAUGUGCAGGCUGGGCCCUGAAUUGCUCUUUCUUGGAUCUUGGGUUGCAAAUUCUCUGCUGAUUCGCGCCGUGCCAGAAGGGCAGACUCUUCUGCUCGGAGGCCCAGAGGAGCAGGCGAGUGAGGCGGAUGCUACCCAUGCAAGCAAGCGCCCACGCCUUGACCCUGAUGCUGCUGAUCUGGGGAAUGAGGAUGAGGAUGAAGUCUCCCUCAUCUACCGCACAGAUGCGCAACCGGCACUGCCGUCAACCACUGGUGCAUCCAAGUACAGCCUGCAAGUGGUGGACAGCCUGGUCAGCAUUGGCAUUGUGCAGGAUCUUGUGACAGGGGAGGCGUCAACCAGUGCGCCACAGGAGUGGGUGGCCAAGACUGAGCGCGGACCCCCCAAGCUGCUCGCAGCCGUCGGCUCUGACAAGUUUGGGGCUGUGGCCGUGCUGCGCAGCUCGCUCGUUCCAGAACUGGUCACUGAGGUCCCUCUCCCAGGGGUUGAUCAGAUGUGGGCUGUGCAUUUCCAGCCUGAGGGCCUGCCUGUAGAUGACAGCCUCCUAUACCAUGCCUUCCUCUUCCUCAAUGAGAAGAGUGGCACCAAGGUGCUGCGCACUGGCGAGGAGUUGGACGAGACUGACUCCUCGCAAGUCGACUUCAUCCUGUCCAGCCGCACAGUCUUCGCUGGAAAUCUCCUUGGGAACAGCCGCAUUGUGCAGGUGCAUGCGCGCGGGGUGGUGCUGCUGUCAGGAUCCUCAAGGGUGCAGGACCUGCCUGUUCAAGAUCUCAUUGGUGUCAGCAACACAACCAUUGUGGCGGCUUCCGCGCUGAGAGAACUGCACCCUUACCUUGAAAACAAGGGCGCAGCUGUGUUGUGUGUGGUGUGCCGCUCCGCUCGCAUGGAGGUUUACUCUCUGCCAGAUUUGGAUCUGCUGCUCUCCAUCAACGACAUAUCAGACGGGCCGAUGGUGGCUCCCAGCAGUUCACCUCAAGACACAAAUGGAGCGACGGGGCUGCCAAGUGUGGUGGAGGUGAAGAUGGAAUGCUUUCAUCACCAGUCAGGGGGCACACAGGCUGUGAAAGACCAAGAUCUACCGUUUCUUCUGCUGCUUCUUGCGGAUGGCACUUUCCUGGCCUACAGAGCAUUCCACACUCCACGAGGCCGUGUGUGCUUCAAGAGGCUCAGCCUGCCCGCGCAUGCACACUGCCCUCCUCAGGACCGCAGAAGUAAAACCACGGCUCCGAGCAGCAGUAUGACGCGCUUUGAUGGCUUAGGGGAGAGCAAGGAGCAUGUCAACAGCGGAAUGUUUGUGAGUGGAGAGCGACCGCUGUGGCUGGUUGCCAGCAGAGGGACUCUUGUUGCACAUGCGAUGGAUGUGGAGGGGCGUGUAUCCGGCAUGACCCCAUUCCACAACAUCAAUUGCCCGCUGGGUUUCAUCACUGCCUGCAUGGCUGAGAAUGACGGUGAGACGUUGAAGAUCUGCCAAUUGCCCAUGCGCACGCGCCUAGAUACACCCUGGCCGCUGCAGAAGAUUGCUGUGCGAGCGACGCCCCACCGCUUGGCUUACUACGCUGAAGCCCGCCUCUACGUCUUGCUUGUCUCCCGCCCGGUGCCUUAUCGAGAACAUCAAGAAGAGGCGUCUGAUGGGGAUCCGCAUGCCUCCUACUCGUACAUCUGUGCUGACGCAGCUGCCAAGGCUUCCGGCACUGAGCUUGGCGGAGAGGUGCGGCUGCUGGAGCCCGGCCGCUACCAGACUGUGGCGCGCCAUGCACUGGACCCUGGAGAGGAGCCCUGCUCUGUGGCAGCGGACUGGCUGCGCAACGCUCAGACAGGCGCUCUCGAGCCAUACAUCACAGUGGGCACUGCCCUGAACUAUGGAGAGGACUACCCCUGCUCGGGGCGCAUCCUCCUCUUCAAAGCGACCAGAACGAGCACCAGCGGCGCUGAGCAAGCAGACCCCACAAUUUCUUGGCAGCUCACCCUUGUGCAUGCAAGUGGGUUCAGCCGCCCAGUGCAGGGCCUGGCUGUGAUGGAUGGCCGCCUGGUGGCCGCUGUCGGCAACAACAUGCAGGUGAUGGAGCUGCGGGGCUCCAGCCUCCACAUGAUCAGCUUCUUCCACGCGCAGCUCUUCAUCACCUCAGUGGCGACUAUCAAGACCUUCAUCCUGCUGGGCGACGUGCACAAGGGGCUCACCUUCGUGUAUGCUGACAAGAAAGCUAACUACACAGCCCUGACACAGCUCUCAAAGGACUACAACGAUGUAGAUGUCGAGGCUGCAGAGUUUCUUGUCAAUGGGAAGAAGCUCUUUCUCUUGGCCUGCGACGCGGCGCAAAACCUGCGGCUGUUUGCCUAUGACGGAGGGAAGGAACAGCAGGCAACCUGGCAGGGGAAGAAACUGCUGCCAUUGGGAGCAAUCCAUGUGGGGCAGAACAUCUGCAGCAGCCUCUCGCACCGCAUAACGCCAGCCAGUGCGACGGGCGUGCAGCUGCGCGCGGCCGUGUUUGGCAGUGCUGCUGGCUCUAUUGCGAGCCUGGCCCCUACCUGGGAUGGACUGCCAGCGGAGGAGUUGCUUGCCCUCCAGAGAGAGAUGGUCUUGGCUGUGCCUCAGGUUGCAGGCCUCAAUCCAGUGAGCUUCAGGCGGCGAUACAAGCAUGGAGUCAAGGCAUUGGCCGGCGGCCAAAGCUUUGAGGCACCCGUCUCGGAUGACAGAGUGCUGGAUCUCGACCAGCUCAACCGCUUCCAGUGGCUCCCACUGACAGAGCAGGUUGCUCUGGCGGCAAAAUGCAAUCUGAGCAGGCAGCAGGUCCUCCAUGCACUGAGAGAGAUGGUCAUGGCAAUAUCGACGUUUUGAGGCUUGUUGGUGCAGUGCAUGGGGUGGAUUUGGUCUGAAGAGAUGCGGGCGUACACUAAAACUGAUCCAGAACUUCUCAAUGAACAAAUAUUUGAGCACAUGUGCAUGCGAGUCUUGCACUUCAGCUUGUUUUCCUCUUCAUUCCAAUAAUUUGGUUGGUCAUACUUGAAACAGAAUCCUGAUCAGAAACUUGUUGUGAGCUGUGAGCAAAUUGAAUAGAGUAACAACAGGAUUAUAUGAUGACAUUCUGUUCUCAAUUGUAUGCUUGUUGCUGUUGUGAUCGCUUUAAGAAUUCUAUGAAGC